CUGACUGGAUGUUGGAGGACUGAGAGGAGGAGUAGCUGUUGCAGUAACAACAUCCUGGAUAUUGGAGCCUGGCGGCGCACACGGCUACAGAAAUAAAGGAGGAACGAAGACGAAAGGGAGGCGGCGGUGGUAAUCUCAAACGCUUUAGGGUAUAGAAGCAGGGGCAUGAACGUGAACUUGGCUACUUUCAGGCAUUAAUUGUGGAUUUAUGCUCUAUGGCGCCGCUUUAUCCCGAGGCACCGACAAGGUGAUGCAGCAGCGGCAGGACGGGAUCAGUCCGCUACACGGCUGCCUGCUGAAUGCCUUUACUGGAGGAAAAAGGCGCAGCACACGUCCAGCGCAGGCCGGCUUGAUCUUUUAUUAAAAUUGGACAGUAUGUAGAGAGGAUCACCCAGCAGCUGGGAAACACCCGUGGUUAACUUUCAUUAUUGAAUCGGCUCUCGAUAUCGCCCUCCAGAGACGCUGCCACGGCAUCAAGCGGAUCAGGCCUGUGCUGAACCACCGUGUGCGCAUCGCGGUAUUUACCGUUGAAAGCGCGCAAAUGUGACGGGAACUUUUAUCGUUAACACGCUUAACGAAAGCACCUAGUGCUGUAACAUUGUGUUUACUAUCCGCCUGGCCAGUUUUCUUUAUGUUUACAUAGGUUGCGAUACUGUUUUGUCUUAUCAAACUGUUUUCCCUUAUCGAUAACCGAUCAUUGUAUUGCUAGUUUAAGAUAAACAAUACGCCUAACCGGCGGUGAGGGUGGACUCGUGAAGAUAACGUCUUGCCCCAGAGAAGCUUUCGGAUCAAAGUGAGAUUCAUGGAUCAGAAUGAUAAAAAGACCCUCACGAACAAGUGGAAACAGUUGUGAUCUACAGGACAACUCAAUUUCUAAGAGAUAAGCAGACAUUUGGCAGUAAAGCUCCGCAAUGAGAUAGUGGGGCUUACACAAAAACGACCUUGACACUUAUCCCACCAUAUUUCAGUUCAUCAUCAAAAUAUGACCACGCCAGCUCUAUUGCCAUUAUCGGGACGUAGGAUACCUACCCUCUCGCCAGGUGCCUCCUCAUUCCCCCAUCACAGGGCCACCUUACGGCUAUCAGAGAAGUUCAUCCUCCUCCUCAUCCUCAGUGCCUUCAUUACCUUGUGCUUCGGAGCAUUUUUCUUCCUUCCAGACAAUUCCAAACACAAGCGCUUUGACUUUGGUUUGGAGGACGUGUUGAUACCGCACAUCGAGUCAGAGAAGGAGGCAAGGCACAGCAGCAGACAGGUCAUACAUGGCGUGGGAGGUCAUGACGAGCAUCGGCACAGAGAAGAAGAGGAGAGCCUUCGUGACAAGAUCCGGGCAGAUCAUGAGCGGGCACUGCAGGAAGCCAAGGAAAAGCUCCGCAAAUCCAAAGAGGAGCUGAAGGCAGAGAUCCAGACAGAGAAGACCAAGGUAGCCGAGGACCUGAAGAAGAAAGAUGGACCCAAACCACUGCCUCCAGUACCUAUGCCCAAACUGGUAGGGGUCAAUAAUGGUGACCCAGGGGACCCUGACACCAAGGAAAAGAGGGACAAAAUCAGAGAGAUACAUCCAUUUGUAUAAAUACCCUGCAGGAUGAAAUCCAGCAUCCCAACAUCUCUCAGCGGACUGCUCACGGCGGGGCCAUGUGCUGCUUGCUUUGGCGCCUUAACCAGCUUUUACUCUCUUGAUGUGUGUGUGUCCUGCUUUCAUUUAAAUGCACUUUGUUACCUUGAUACACAUUAUUACUCCAGCUUCCUAAACCCACCUUUUCCAUAGCCUUCAGUUUGCAUCAUUGGCCAUUUUCUCUGCUUUCUCAGAGUGUGAGUGAGUAGCACACUGGCUGCUGAUGACACUUCUCGCAAAAAAAAAAA